GAUAAAGUUGCGAGUGUAGUAAGCAGGGGGCGCGUUCAUGUUCUUACGUAAGCAGUAACUGUGCAUAACGGGUGCAACAUAUAUUCCUUGUAUUUCAAUGCUGAUAAAAUAGUAUGUCGAGCAAACCGACAAAUACGGUAUCUUUAGUCGUUAAUCAAAAACUACUUCGUUGACAAUAAAAUGUUUUGUAGUAUAAAGUCCAACCCAAGUACAAUAUCAAACACAAUUCUAGGAUCGGGGAAAUUUGGAUUUGUCAUCAAGGCAGAGACAGAAACGGGACAUUUUAAAGCAAUUAAAAAUCUAUAUAUAUAUGACGAAGUAGCAAAUUCGAAUAUCGAUAUAAUAUCUAAAAUAUGUGACGACCACACUACACUCAGUACGCAUAAGCACGAUAAUAUUUAUGAAAUACUAAAAAUUGAAACGGGUGAAGUUAAAGCUUCCCACCUAAAAAAACUACGCAAGUUGGUGCCCUCGAGUGAGUGCUCGGAACAUGGGAAAAAAAUGCUGGAACUUGUUAAAAUAUUACUUUCGAGAAUAAAAAAUACACAAGUAAUUAAUUUACAAAUUCAUAUGAAAUUUUAUAACACAUCACUGAGAAUAUUCCUCGACAUGGAGCCCAACACGGAGAGAAAUGAAUACUCUGAGUAUAAAGUAGUUCAAGAUAUAUUGGAUGGGCUCAUUUUCCUCCAUGAAAACUUUAUUUAUCAUGGAGAUAUUCGACCAGAAAAUAUAUUUAUUUUGAUACCCUCAAUUCAGUCGGGAAAAAAUGCACCAGUUGCAAUAAUAAGUGAUGUAGGAUUGUCGUCCUCUUUUAUGUGUAACGCACAGUGCUUGUCUACUCAGGCAAAAUUAAAAAAAUACCCAGCUCGAGGACUAGAAGAGAACAAACCGAGGGUAGAUAUUUUUUACACCGGUUGCGUUGCGUUGGAAGUCUUUCAAAUUGUGGAACAAUUCAGUCAGAACUCCCUGAUUAACAAAAUACUUUACCAGGACGGCACAGAACUGAUAAAAACGCACGGCUUGGUAAAAAACAGCAAGGAGCUAAUUGAGACCUUUCUUUGCUCCACAAUUGUGUCAGAUAUUAGCUCGAUUAAAUUAGAGCUGUCAGCAAGUUUAGUUGCAACAUCUUUGGAGCUAAGCGACCGGCUUAGAAAAUGUGAUGAGGGGGAUAUUAUUCUAUUACAACCAGGGCAGUACGUAGGCCCAUUUUACUUAGAUAAGAAAAACAUAAAAUUGUUCGCCGCAAAUUGUUACGUUUCAUUAAAGCCUAAAGAUGAUUCUUAUGAUCCAAUUGUGCAUAUUACGUCCGAUGGGGUUUCCCUGGAAGGAAUCAAACUUGAUAUGAAAGAUAGACCAAACUCAACGGGAAUCAUGGUCAACGGAGAUAGUGUCAAAAUUAAAGAUUUGAACAGCUAUGGAGGGUUCAACUCUGUUUUAUUGUGUGGGAAAUGUGUGGUAACUUGGUAUAAGGACGGUACUCCAAGUCCUCCACCAGUUUUUGCUGCGGUUGAAGGACUAUUGUCUUCAGAUAUAAUAUGUAGAGAAGGCAACCCAUCCCGCGGAAAGGAUCUAGGAAAAACUUCCGGUCCUAACGCAAAUAAACUGACACUAACACCGACCUCAUCAACAUCAAUAAACCGUUAUUCGGAUGAUGACCCUCACCUAAUCGGGGAUAUUGACAAGAUUUGUAUUACGUCACCCAAUUACAAAACAGCAAUGCUUUCGUCUACGACAGUUACAAUGGGAUCCACCAAUACGACCUGGACGAAAGAGGAAGUUUCCCAAAUUUCUUUAUUUUGGCCAACAAAGGAAGGCAGUAGGGUAAAAGAUGCCAUAGAGGGCAAGCUCGUUAACGCAAUGAACCAAACACAUGGUGUGCUCUCUAUUUAUCAGCAGCUUCUGGCUGAACUAGAUAUUCCGAUAGAUAAGAGGACAGAGUUGGAACGAAAGUAUCACCAAUGCCCACAAAUAGUCGGGACUUAUUCUCUUUUGAAAGACUUGGUCGAGGCAGUUUGCGGUUGCAAAGGAAAAAUUUGCACUAUCGGGAUGUUUUUGGACGCAAUAGAUAAAACCGGUUGGAUAAACGCUAGUGAUACAAUUGUUGCUGCAAACUGGGCAGAAAUCGAUGGACUUGACAGACCCGUCGUCCUUCGAUAAACUUCACGUAUCACAACUAAAUUCAUAUGCUUGCAUAAUUUUAAUAACUACGUGAAAAACGACAAGUACUACCCAUCCCGUUGAAACUAAAAACUUAAUAUCUGACAUAAUUAUUUCAAAAAUAAAAUAAAAGAUGUUGACAAAGUU